CAAAAGCAUAGAUAGCAUACAAGGUAUGCUCUUUACCACAAUGGAAUUAAACAAGAAAUCAAGAAAAGAAAGAUCUGGAAAAUUCCAACGUCUUUGGAGAUUAAAUAACACAUUUCUAACACACACAUGGGUCUAAAAGUCUCAAGAGACAUUGAAAAAAUAUUUUACACUCAAGGAAAAGAAAAAAUAAAAUAAAAUUUAGAGACACAGUGAAAGCAGUGCUUAGAGGAGAAUUUUUAGCACUGAAUGCAUAUAUUAGAAGAGAAGAAACAUCUAAUCUCAGAGAUCGUGGAGCAACAGGUGAGACUAUUCUGCAAUGAUUUCAUAAUUGGUGGAGACAACACAUUAUGAUUUGGCAAACCCAUAAAAUGUACAACGUAGUGUGAACCCUAAAGUAAACUUUGAACUUUAUUUAAUAAUAACAUGUCAAUAUCAAUUCAUCUUGCAACAAAUGUACCACACCAAAUUUGAUAACAGGGGAAACUAUGGGUGGAAGGAGAGAGGACGUAAGUGAACUCUGUACUUCAAUUAUUUUUUAAACCCAAAACUUCUUUAGGAAAUAAAGUCUAUUAAUCAAAAGGGGGAAAAGUAUAGGACAAUGUCGUUUAACAAAAAAUAGACACAUGGUUAGAGUUUGUGUGUAUGUGUGUGUGCGUUAGCCUAGAAAAAAAUAUCUGGAAAGAUCUCCACCAAAAUGUUUAUAGAUGUAGUCUUCAAAGUUUAGGAUCCUGGAUGGUCUUUAUGCUCCCUGAUUUUUCCGACAUGUUUCUUUUUAUAAUAUGCAGGUACUGCUGUAAAGAUCAUAGGAGACCAUAAACCAAUUUUGUAGGUAACAAAAAAAGACAAAGGAAACCCCCCCAAAAGUUUUUACUUAUGACUUCUCUUGGGUGAGGUACUAAGCUGGGUUGAAAAGCAACAUUUUCAGAACAGUCUGAAGAAAGGCCUGAUGUUCUAGGGGGCUGGAUAAAGGCAGAGUAAGUCUCAGAGAGCAGGGGAAAGAGCUGGGAGACACAGGGUCGAAGGGGUUUUUGAUUUCUUAAAGGCAAAGAACAAGGUUAUGGCUCCUCCCUUUCAAAGAAAGGAAACCAGUGACAGUCCAGACUCAGGGCACAGCUCUACCCUUUCGAGAAAAUGAAACUAACAGCCUCCUAGACCCAGGCAGCGGAAGAGGUAGAAGCUAACAGGUUUUGGCAGCCAACUCUGCUGCCUCUGGCUCUCCUGUCCCUGCCUGAGCAUCAUGAAGAAGUUUAGAAAGACCCGAGCCAACCAACUGGACAAGUUCAUCGAAGACCGCCACCUGCCAGACAAGGAUUUCCGCACGCAGGUCAAUGAAGCCAUCCACAUCAUCUGCAGUUUCCUGAAGGAGAGGUGUUUCCGAUGGGCCCCUGACCCUGUUCGGGUGUCCAAAGUUGUGAAGGGUGGCUCCUCAGGCAAAGGCACGACCCUCAAGGGCCUAUCAGAUGCUGACCUUGUCGUUUUCGUCGCCAGUCUCACAAGUUUUCGGGAACAGCUUCAGCACCGAAGAGGAUCCAUCAAGGAAAUUAGGAGACAGCUGGAAGCCUGUCAAAGAAAGGAAACAUUUGAAGUGGAGUUUGAGGUCCAGAAACGGUGAAGGAAGAAGCCCCGUGCUCUCAGCUUCGUGCUCAGGUCCCCUCGGCUCCUCCAGGGGGUAAAGUUCGAUGUCCUGCCCGCCUUUGAUGCCCUGUGUCAGGUGAUCAAAGGGUACAGACCUGACCCUCAAGUCUACGUCCAGCUUAUCCAAGAGUGCGAGUCCCUGGGGAGAGAGGGCGAGUUCUCCCCCUGCUUCACGGAGCUGCAGCGAGCCUUCCUGAGGGACCGUCCAACCAAGCUGAAGAGCCUCAUCCGCCUUGUGAAGCACUGGUACCAAAUGUGUAAGAUGAGACGUGGGAAAAAACUGCCCCCACAAUAUGCCCUGGAGCUUCUGACAGUCUAUGCUUGGGAGCAAGGAAGCAUGGAAACAGGAUUGAGCACAGCUCAGGGAUUUCAGACUGUUUUGGAAUUAGUCCUGAAGCACCAGCACCUCUGCAUCUACUGGGAAAAGUAUUAUGACUUUGAAAACCCUAUUACUGGACAAUACCUGAGAAGGCAACUUGCAAAACCCAGAUCUGUGAUUCUGGACCCAGCUGACCCUACUGGAAAUGUGGCUGGUAAAGACCCAUAUGGCUGGCAGCUGCUGGCACAAGAGGUUAGAGUCUGGCUGGGAUACUCAUGCUGUAAGAAUUGGGAUGGGUCUCCAGUCAGCACCUGGAAGGUGCCGGUGUGACCUCCUGAUUCCCUCAUGUGA